AUGGCGACUAAAAGAAAAGUACGUGAGCAAGAACCAGUAAACAUCGAGAACAAGAAGAAGGCGAAAAUGGAGGACAGACUCAGCGACUUGCCGGAGUGUUUGCAGCUUCAUAUUCUCACUUCUCUUGACGCAAAACACGCCGUUCAAACAUCAGUUUUAUCAAGAACCUGGGUUUCUGCGCACACUCGGAUCCCAGUUCUUGAAUUCAAUUCCUACUCUUUCAAAAAACUCCUAGUCUUUGAUAAGUUCGUAUGUGAUGUUCUGCGUCAUCGUGAUCACUCAGCAAAGUUGGAAAGAUUAACAUUCAACCGUUCUGGAUCCUGCAGUGCCAAGAUUUUGAAUAGCGUUUUCGAUUACGCGUUUUCGUUGGGUGUCGAGCAGUUGUCAGUUAACCUUCAACAAAGUAGAAACAAAACAUGGCCGGUUUUUCCAGUAAUUGCUUCCUUUGAAUCCUUAAAGAGUUUAACACUAGAAAGCCAAAGUCAUAUGAUUUGCCCGUAUCUGGGGCCAAUUUCAAGAUCAUUCAAGAGUCUUACUACUAUGCAUCUUCAACAUGCACUUAUAAAAGAUCCCGAUCCAUUCUCAGGGUUCCCAAUGUUGGAAAGUUUAACACUGGAAGAUUGUCAUCUUUGUAUGGAAAGUGAAAAAACUUUGAGGAUACACGCUCUUCGACUUACAGAUUUAACCAUUUCAUCCCUAUGGAACAUCAGCUGCUGCGAAGUCACUACUCCAAGACUCAAAUUCUUUGAUUACAAAGGGCAUAAUUUCCACCUGCUUCUACCCACCCAUGAGGGUCUUCCUGUUCUUGAGAAAGUGGUGAUCGAUUUCAAUGGUCUUUGUUACCGAAGACAGGAGAAACUAAUGUUUGAUGAUCUAAUGGCCAUGUUCUAUACCAUGAAGAAUGUGAAAUCACUAACGCUCUGCUCGUCUAUUGUGCAACUUCUGUCAUUCUUUCCAGAUGAGUUGGUGAGACGAAGUUCACCCUUUCGGGAGUUGAAGGAGUUGAAGAUGGAUUUUAGGAACCUUCUUUGGCAAAACUUGUUUGAAAGGAUAAGUGUGAGAUCGAAAGAAACCUUUCAGGUGCCUUUGGAUGUCAAAACUUACUUGCUCAAAAACUCUCCGGAUGCCAAAUUUUCGUUCACUUAUCCCAUAGACCUUAAAUAG